CCUUCAGUACAAUCAAAGGCGGCAGACUAUCCCUUCCAUUGAAAGUUAAUUGUUCACCAAAACUUCGAACAACUAUGGGCACCAUGCAGGUGGAUAUCUCUCCCGCGUGCCACGUGGUGGCCAUGCCUUACCCAGGCAGAGGCCACGUCAACCCCAUGAUGAACCUCUGCUCCAUGCUGGCUUCUCGGAAGCCAGACAUCAUCGUCUCCUUCGUCGUCACCGAGGAAUGGCUCGGCUUCAUCAGGUCGGAGAGAAAACCCGACAACGUCCGGUUCGCUACCAUACCCAACGUUAUUCCGUCCGAGUUGGAUCGGGCCAAGGACUUUCCGGGUUUCAUGAACGCCGUCUCCACCAAGAUGGAGGCUCCGUUCGAGGAGCUUCUGGAUCGGCUUGACCCGCCCGUCACUGCCAUAAUCGCCGACACGAAGCUUGUUUGGUCUAUCGGCCUUGCCAACCGCAAGAACAUACCCGUCGCUUCUCUUUGGCCUAUGUCUGCUACUAUUUACUCGCUGCUCUACCACUUUGAUAUGCUCAAAGACAAGGGCCAUUUUCCCAUUGACAUCUCAGAAAUGGGAGAUGAAAUUGUAGACUAUAUUCCUGGAAUGGCCCCAACACAAAUCAGAGACCUCCCAACUGUGUUUCACGGUCAAGAUCUAAAACUCCUCCAACGUGCCCUGGACACCGUCCGAUUGGUCUCCACCUCACAGUGCCUCAUGUUCACCACCGCCUACGAGCUCGAACCCGAAGCAGUCAACGCUUUACGAUCCAAAUACAACAUCCCCGUCCUCCCCGUAGGCCCUAGCGUCCCUUUCUUCAAGCUCACCGACCCCGCCACCGACCCCGCCACCGCCACCGCCGCUGCAGCCACCAACGACUACUUCAAGUGGCUUGAUUGCCAACCUGACGCCUCCGUCCUCUACGUCUCUCAGGGAAGCUUCCUCUCCACCUCAAACACCCAAAUGGACGAGAUCGUGGCCGGGAUUAAGAGCAGUGGAGUCACGUACCUCUGGGUGGCGCGUGGAAACACGAGCAGUCUCAAGGACAGGGUCGGGGAAAAAGGCAUGGUGGUGCCGUGGGUUGAUCAACUGAAGGUAUUGUGCCACCCGGCGGUCGGAGGGUUCUGGUCACACUGUGGAUGGAACUCGUCGCUGGAGGCGGCGUUCUCCGGCGUUCCGGUCCUGACGUUUCCGAUAUUCUGGGACCAGGUGCCGAACAGUAAGAGGAUAGUGGAGGAGUGGAAGAGUGGGUGGAGGGUGAGGAAGAAGAUAGGGUUAGAGAGACUUGUAAGCAGAGAGGAGAUAAGUGAGCUUGUGAGGAAAUUCAUGGAUGGCGAGGAAGAUGAGAUUAAGGAGAUGAGGAAGAAGGCUAAAGGGCUUCGCGAGGCUUGUUUGAAGGCUGUGGCUCCUGGUGGUUCUACUCAAGUCAAUCUUGAUGCUUUCAUUGAACACGUUUGUAAGCUCCAAGUCAACCGCAAGUAAAUUAUUAGCAGAUCAUCAGAUUGAGUGGAAUUGAUUUUCUUGUUGAAGGAGAAAAUGAUGUUGAGAAAUAAAUGGAUUUUUAAUAAGGAGUAGCUUCUUGCUAUCUGGAUUCUCAGUCUCAGUAGUAUUUGUACGAUUUGAUGGUUUCUAUGUUAAGUUGAGUUCCAGAAUUAAAUAUCAAAAAAUUAAAUAUUUAUCAUUUAUUCCCUAAGACA